AGAGAAAAAAGUUGUACGAAACGCGGUGGAGAGAAUCUAGGGACAAGAUCUAAUCUGAGCGUGAAAUUGAAAACAAACACAUAUCCAUUACACUGUGUCACUACAGGACUAGUAGUUUUUUUCUCUCAUGCACCACCCACUUGUAGAAAGAAAUAAAGAAAAGCUAUUUCAAGAUAAUUACAUUCCAUCUCUCUCUCUCUCAAUACUGCUAUAUAAUAUAUACUUGAACAAGGUAUUACUCGAUCAUGUAUUCAGAGAUGAGCAAUCUUAUUCUAAACUCUGAUAAUAUGGAGGUUGUGGAUAGUAGAAAAAUACUAUUACAGCAACAACACCAUUUUCAUGUGUUGGCAGUAGAUGACAGUCUCACUGAUAGAAAGCUUUUAGAGAGGCUUCUUAUUGCAGGUUCUUCAUGCAAAGUUACAUGUGUGGACUCUGGUGAUAAGGCUUUGAAAUAUCUUGGACUCAUUGAUGAACAAGUACUUCAAAAUAAUAAUAAUUCCACAACAAACUCUUUAUUAGAAUCAUCUUCUCCUCCUCAACCAUUACAGCUGCAAGAGGGAAGCAAAGUGAAUUUGAUCAUGACAGACUAUUGCAUGCCUGGAAUGAAUGGCUAUGAUUUACUUAAACGACUCAAGGGAUCUUCUUGUAAAGAUGUUCCAGUUGUGAUCAUGUCUUCAGAAAAUGUACCUUCCAUAGUUAGCAUGUGCUUAGAAGAAGGGGCAGAGGAGUUUCUAAUUAAGCCUCUUCAGUUAUCAGAUUUGCAGAAACUUCAGCCUUACUUUGUUAAAUCAGUUGAGAAUUCUUGUGAUGAACAAGAAUCAGCAAACAGUUCAACAGAUUCUGACAAUGAUGAUCUCAUGAGCAUCAGCAUGAACAAUAACGAUAACAGUACUAACAGUAACAGUAUUAGCAAAAGGAAGGCCAUGUCUACUGAGCCUCCAGAGAGAUCAAGGCCCAAAAUGAAAGGGUUGGCAGUGGUGUAAGUAAAGAAAAAAACAGUACAAACAGUGCUUCUUGUUGCACAUUAUUUAGUUUAUGACUUUAUGAUUAUGCUUCUAAAUUCUAAUUAUGCUUUUCUCCUCAACUUAAUCAAUGUGCUUUGCUUACUAA